UUGACAUAUUGGACAUCUUCAUAUAAUUACCCAUAUCAUGAAAUAUUCUUCAAAACAUUUAUUGGAACAUCAAUAUUUUAUAUGCUACUAACAUGCAUAUUGUUAACACAGUACCGUAGAAAGCCUCACAUGUCACAUUUGGAGAGGAGCUCUGUCAAGUUAAAAUGGCGAGCAUUUUUUAUUAAUGUUGUAUCAUUUGCAAUUGCAGCUUACUUCUUCCUAAGGCACAACAGCCUUUGUGAGCCAUAUG